AUGUGCAAGAAAGCCACCUGCUCCAACUGCAACAAAACCACCUGGUGGGGCUGCGGAAACCACAUCCCCAGCGUCAUGGACGCGGUCUCGCAGGACGAGUGGUGCACGUGUACGCCGCAAGUUGAGCGCGAGGGGAAGGCGUAUCCGCCUAAGGCGGAGAAUCCGUGA